AUUUCACUGUCACAACUCACUAAUCAUCAAGCACCAUGGAGAAACGCAAUCUCCGAAGCUCCAAGGUCCAAUCGCCAAAGCCCGUUCAAUUCAGUUCCAAGACGCCGGACAAACUGUCGCAACGGAUCCGCAACCGCGGCGUCGCGCAAGGGUUGGCAGACAUAAAAAAAGUCUGCAAGGGUUUACAGGAUCGGAAGCGACGCGGUGAAACGAAAUCGUUACCGCCGCAAAGCAAGACUGUGAGAAGGCAGAUCUUACAGUGUUCUUCUCCGAGUAAAUCCAAGAGUACUGACGAUCAUCCUUCCAAGCUUCCGGAAAAAUAUGAAAUUUUGGAUCAUUUCUUCGAUCGCUUGGACACUUUAAUUUCAAUGUUCUCUCUGAAAGGGAAGACGCCAUCUUUUACGGAAAUCAGUUCUAGAAUUGAAUCUUUAACAGACAGGAGGUUUACUCACGGCCAUCUAGCACAGUUGAAAUUUAUCUUGCCUGAAGCUAUUGUUCUGAAGAAGUUUCUAGUGCAUGAUGAACGGACCAGUUGUAUGAAGCCAGAUAUUCACAUUUCUUUAGCCCCUGAGGCGGUAGAGUCUGAUUCGAAGAUGCCCCCUCAACGUGGGAGAGUGUCAUUGAAAAAGUUGUUUCACGCACGGCUUAGAGAAUUUUGGGAAUCGCAUCCUGAGGGUGAUGAAAUUCCAGAAGGAACUUUGCCAGAGCCAUUCAAUCGCCCAAAGAAAGUCAAUAUUUUAGACACGUUGGAAACUCGUCUCCCAACAAAAUUAUCACUCUGCAUGCGCUAUAAUGACAUUGUCAAUAAUGUAGAGUCUGAUAGUAUAGAUGAAAAUAAGUCUGCUGCACCUGUAGAAACAUCAAUUGAAUUGCCUAAUGAGCAUCUAGCAGCAGCUUCUCACAUUGCUCCAUCCUUUAGAGCAAGAUUUUCUUUGAAAUUUAAACAAAAUUUAGCAGAUACUGUACAGCAAAAUUCUCAAGUAGAUUCAGUACAACCCUCCCCAGCUAAGUUGGCUUCACAAGCAGCUAGAACUGAAAAUUGUUCAUGUGCCUCCCUGGAAUCAUCCAGUGAAAAUUGUGCAACAUGUGCCUCUCUGGAAUCAUCAUGUGCUCCCGCUCCCAGUUCUUCUCCAUGCAAAACCGUCGACAACACAGAAAGCGAAGAUGGGUCUCUCGAUAAUAUUGAUGCCAUGUCAACCCCAGCAAGAAAAAACGUCGAGUACAUAGAAAACAAAGAUGGUUCUUUCAAGAGGAUUGAUGCCAUGUCAACUCCAGCUAAACUUGUUUCUACUCCAAUUAGAUUGAUGAGUGCCACACCUGCCUUGCGUUCAACCAAAAGAAAUCUUAUGAGCCCAGAUGACCACCCAACCAGUUCUUUGAACAAGUUAGCUAGGCGUCCACCUCGCUCAAGGUCAUUGGUAUUUGACACCCCGGUGAAGAAUGAGGAUGUUGUGAAUGAAGACAAUGCCGGUGGAUUACCAAUAGAUGAUGAUAUUUUUGACAUCCUCCCAGGAAAACUUAUCCAAUCGAUUAGAGAAAAGGAAAGAAUGACAAUGGAGGAAAGAGAUCCAGCUAUCACUCAAGCCAAGAAACGGAAAAAAAAUAUAGCUAACCUUCCAAAGCUCUUUGACAUGAUUCGUCUCUUGCUUCGACAGCGGAAUUGUAUCACUAAAAUGGAGCUUGUAAGCAAGAUAAUUUCAAGCCACAGCGAUAUUGUUGACAGAAGUGAAGUUGAAGAACAGUUAGAUUUGUUACAAGAACUAGCACCGGAAUGGAUUUCUGAGAAGCAGGUCUCUAGUGGUGAUUUGCUCUUAUUCAUAAACAAAAUGUUGAACCCUGAAACCAUUCGAGCAUCUCUUGAAGAAGCGGCAUAGUUGAGCAACAAGACAAUUUAAUUGAUGUACCCGUUACAGGUGUGUAGAUACAUUAUUUAUUUUUCGAGAGAAGCUUUACAUGUCUAAUAUAUAUUUAUUUUGUAGAUGAGGUUGUGCUUUUGUAAAUGGUGAGUGAUUCGACGGAAACAUUUAAUUGUAUUUAUUUUUUGAGAGAAGCUACCUUAGCCUUUAGAUGUCUAAUAUGUCUUUUUUUUGGUAGACGAGAUUGAGCUUUUGUAAAUGGUGAGAUUCAUGAAAACAUUUAAUUGCAUUAAUGCAUCAUAAUUAAGGUGUUAUAAAACUUCUUUCAUACU